ACUUCAUUUCUGAGUCUAUGGUUGUGUUGCACAAACUACAUUACAGUUGAGACUUGAGAGAAAUUAAUUAGCUUAGCGAAUAGCAACAAUGGAUGGUGAAAGUGAAGAAAUAGUGAGCAACAAACAGAUUAUAUUCAAAGAUUUCGUGAAUGAAGGUUACCCUAAAGAAUCAGACAUGUUGGUGAGUACUGCUUUGAUCAAACUCAAAGUACCAGAAGGAACUAAUGGGGUUCUUGUCAAGAAUCUGUAUUUGUCCUGUGAUCCAUAUAUGAGAAGCAGAAUGAGAGCCAAAAUCGAAGGAUACCCUCAUGAGCCUUUUGAGCCUGGUUCUGUUAUAACUGGAGUUGGAGUGGGUAAAGUUAUAGAAUCAAGGCAUCCAAACUUCAAGAAAGGUGACUUGGUCUGGGGAAUGACUGGCUGGGAAGAGUAUAGUCUCGUUCCAACACCGACACCUCCGACUCUUUCUAAAAUCCUUCACACCGAUUUGCCACUUUCCUAUUACACUGGAAUUCUUGGUAUGCCUGGCCUAACUGCUUAUGCUGGUUUUUAUGAGAUUGGUGCUCCUAAGAAAGGAGAGUAUGUGUUUGUUUCAGCAGCUUCUGGUGCAGUCGGUCAACUUGUUGGUCAGUUUGCCAAGCUGACUGGUUGCUAUGUGGUUGGAAGUGCUGGAAGUAAAGAAAAAGUCCAUUUAUUAAAGACUAAGUUUGGAUUCCAUGAUGCUUUCAAUUAUAAUGAAGAAAAAGACUUCAAUGCAGCUUUGAGAAGGCACUUUCCCGAAGGAAUUGAUAUAUAUUUUGACAAUGUUGGUGGAAAGAUGCUUGAUGCAGUGCUUCUAAAUAUGAAAUUUCAAGGACGAAUUGUCGUUUGCGGAUUAAUGUCACAAUAUAAUUUGAACCAAUUUGAUGGAGCGUACAAUAUCGUGCAAUUUGUACUGAAAAGCAUCCGUAUGGAAGGAUUUAUUGUUUCCAAUUACUAUCAGCUUUUUCCAGAGUACCUGAAAAUUGUAAUACCAAAAAUCAAAGAAGGGAAGAUUGUGUAUGUUGAAGAUAUUGCUGAUGGCAUAGAAAGUGCUCCUGCGGCUUUUGUUAAGCUAUUUACCAGCGGUAACGUAGGAAAACAAGUGGUUAAGAUUGCCGAUGAGUGAUUAUUAUCUUCGUAGACUGUAGUAUUAGGCAAUCUUGUCUAUUUGUAACCGUGUUUUGAUUUUGACUCGUUUGGAAUAAAUUUACAAAUGGAUAU